CCAAAAAUUCAUUCCCAAAUUCCUUCUCUCUGUAAAUUUCAGCUUUCAUUUUCUGAACAAUGCAGUUCCUUUGAAGCUAUAUAUAUAUAUAGAUAUAUAUGCACACUGUGUGUGCGUAUAUAUAAUCAUUGUUCUGAACUCAAACAUACAUAUGUCGCGGAUUUCUACUCUGCUAUUCCGCGAAUCCGUAUGUUUGCGUUUUUAAUUUUUUUCCUUAAUUAUUGUGCUGUGAUUUCAGUUUUGGAGGUUUUUGGACAUGCACGUGAAGAAUGUGAAAUGUCGGUGUGAUUUCUAGCCGAUUCUCAGGUCGGAAAUUCGGAGCGUCGGGGCUGGAUUUCCGAUCUGUGGACAUUGAUUUCUAAUUUUUGAAGAGAAGCGACGUGGUUUUCGUCUGUUCUGAGGGAGAAAGGCUAAGGUUGUUUAGGUGGAGGGGGAGCGAGGUGAGGGGAGGGGAGACUAGUAUUUUGCUAUGGUGAUAUUGAUUUGGAGGGUUUAGGGUUCGUGCAGGCGAUAAAUAGGAGUUUCCAGGCGGAGGAGGGAAAAUGGGGAGUCUCAGGAACGCCGUGAUGAAGGAGAAGGACGAGGAGCUAGCGUUGUUCUUUGAAAUGUAUAGACUAGAGAAGGAACAGGACGAUCUUCUUCUGCUUGAGAACUCCGAUGAGUUUGAUGCUCCUCUUGGAUCAGCAACUGGAAGUUCACCUAUAUACAGUAUCGCAUCAACCACACCUGUUAUGAAGAUUGGUACUGAUGAUUUUCUCAAUUCAGAGAAUUAUAAAAAUGACUAUGAAUGGCUUAUAUCACCUCCCGAUUCUCCUCUUUUUUCUUCAUUGGAGUUGGAUCCAGAGGAAACAAUAACGAGCCAGCUGGAAACCCCUGAAGCCUGUGCACCUGUGCAAAAAUGCAGACUAUCAAAUCCCCAUCCUGAGCCCAUUGCAAGAAGCAACUUAACAUCUAGAGAGCCAGCAUCUUCUCCGCAGUUCAAUACUUCAAGAACACUUAGUCGAAGACACUCAUAUUCAGGUGGAUCAAAACCUUCAAUUCCAGGCGUGAUACCAACUUUGAGCAAAUCCAGGUCCACAUUGACCUCAUUAUCUAAACCCACAUCAAAUGCAUCAUCCAAAGGAAUGUCAACUGGAGUGGCAUCUAAAACAUCUACAACAGUAUCUAGAACUUCAAGGUCUGCAACACCCACUUCUUGUGCCACAUUGCAUUCAACUAAGCCCACAGCUCCUCCAACAACUUCUACACCUAAUUCAAGGUCCAGUAUAAGAUCCUCCACACCAACUACGAGGCCAUCUAUUCCUGGACCAAAGUCAACAUCAAGGGCUGCAGCCCCAUCUUCGCAUCCAACAUUGUCAACUGCAUCGAAUACAAUUUCUUCUCCUGGCAGGUUUCCACUAAUUAAAUCAACUAAUGGAACCAGAAAUCCUCCACCUCUACGUGCUAGUUCUCCAACUAUGAAACCAAGAUCCAUGAAACCUCCAGACUCACUGCGUCUCUCUCUUGAUGCUUCACCUAAUUCAAUGAAACCACUGCCUGACAAGCCAGUUUCAGCCCCUAGGGGUAGACCUGGAGCAUCUAGUGUUGACCUGUCAUCUGUUGUCAAUGGAAGGAUUAGAAGACUAUCAUGUUCUCCAGCAAGAGGGCGUCCUCCUAAUUUUGGUAUUCAUAGUAGUGGAAGCUCUGUUCCUGUCUCAGCUAUGAGUCGGUUACAAGCUAAAGCUAACACCAAUGUCAGCCCUGUUGUGGUUGGAACUAAGAUGGUUGAGAGAGUGAUAAAUAUGCGGAAACUGGCUCCACCAAAACAAGAUAAUAGACAUUCCCCCAACAGUUAUUUAUCUUUAAAGUCUUCAUCACCUGACAGCUCAGGAUUUGGAAGGACACUCUCGAAGAAAUCUUUGGAUAUGGCUAUGAGGCACAUGGAUAUAAGGCGAAGUGUCCCAGGUAAUACACAACCACCGAUGACCAAAAAUCCAGCGUCAUCCACGAACAGUGUGAGGUCAGGGCCUAGAAGAAAGGCAGGUAGUGUAUCAUCUGACACACGAAUUGCAACAAUCAGCCGGACGAGCUCUGAAGUGAGUGUUGAUAAAAAUUCCCUGCAUAUUGAUGGAUGUCAAGUGGAAGACGAUAUUAUCAGCAAAAGAGAUGCUCAAUCUCCUGCCAGUGUGGAUGGUGGGUGAUAUUUGGCUCGUUCUGCUAUAGAAUACAUUGCUGCAUUUGCAGGCACUAGCCUCCAAUUAGAGCUAAUAUAUUGUUCUUGAAAGGAACUGAUGGGGGUUUUUAUCCUUCGCUUAUGUAAAGGUCAAUGUGACAUAUGCACUUCUGAAUUAUUAGAAACCUGAAAGAAAACUAUUUGCUCUGCGCCAUUGUUCACAGGGGCAUGAAAUGCCUAAAAGCCUAUUGGUUUGUUUGUUGUGCAGUAUACGAGAUAGCUAAUAGUUCUGUA